AUGAAACUCCCCCUACUUCUGGCUCUUCUAUUUCAGGCAGUUUCAGCCCUUCAUCUAGGGACUGAAACAUCCAAAUUCGAGAGCCCCUUGGGAGAUGACACCCUGCCUCAGGAUAGGGAUAUCCCAGAACGUGGGGCAAUGGAGGCUCCUACGGAGGGACUCAUGCUGCUGGAGGGAGAGGAGCAGGGGGGCUCUGGAAGUGAAGAUGCCCCUGAGGAAGAGGGGCUUGUCAAGUCUGACUCAGCCCUAGAAGAGGUGGACAAAGACUUUCAGUGCCCUAAGGAAGAGGAUACAAUCACACUGGAAGGCAUCCCUGGAUGCAAAACCUGCCGCCUUACACUGUAUACUUGCCUGAAUCGCUACCGGGGCUUCCUCGUCUCCAUCCAUAGCUUCACCUCUAACUACCGGAUCCAGCGAUUAGCCAGAAGUGUCAACCAGGGUCAAAUAUGGAUUGGAGGUGCAGCCAGAGGCUCGGGUAGGUGCAGGAGCUUUUACUGGUUGGAUGGCAGUGCCUGGAAUUUUUGGUUGUGGGCUCGCGGCGAGCCUUCGGCCUCUGGUGGCAACUGUGUAUCCAUGUACACCCAAGGUCCCCUGGGAGAGCAGAGAGAGGAAGUAAUCCAGGCCUUUUCACCCUCUGAGUUACCUGUUCCUGGUUCCCUGUGA